UCCCUGUUGGAUUUUUGUACUCCUCAAGGCUCAAGUUAUCACGUACCAUGAAUCAUAAGGUCCCGAUACGAGUCGACGGUAGAUUCAGACUCGGAGAAGUUGUAGGAUCUGGUUCAUACGCUGUUGUAUACCACGCACGAAACAUCAUCAAAGAUGACGCAGUUGCAAUAAAACUCGAACCCAUCGCCAGCCACUCGUCUUCUGUACAGCGCGAAUACACCAUUUUGAAACGACUCGAGGGUGGAGUUGGGAUACCCCGCGCCCUCUGGUUUGGUAGAGAAUCAACAUAUCACGCUUUGGUCCUUGACCUCCUUGGGCCCUCACUUCACGAUAUUUUCCUCGCACACAAUCAAAAAUUCAGCCUUCACGCUGUCGUGAAUUUGGGGGACCAGCUGCUCUCACGUCUUGAGUACAUCCGCUCACACAAUUACGUUCACGGUGAUAUCAAACCGCAGAAUGUCUUGGUGGGUCUUGGCCACUUGAGGCACACUGCAUUCAUUAUCGAUUUCGGUAUCGCGAAGGAAUACUGGAACACCACAACCAGAGUCCACAUCCCAUUUCGUCAGAAUCAACGUCUCACUGGCACUCCUGCGUUCGCUUCGAUCAACAACCACUUAGGAGUUGACCCAGGUCGUCGUGACGAUCUCGAGUCGCUUACAUACAUGUUGAUUUAUUUGUUGCGCGGCUCCCUUCCAUGGUUGACUAGUGACGAGAAGCUCUCCAGCUCUUCUAUUCUCGAGCGCAAGGUCAACACCACUAUUGAAGACUUAUGCGAUGGCAUUCCUGUCGAGUUCGCAAGUAUUCUCAUCUACACGCGCUCUCUUGCAUUCUCAGAGGACCCUGACUAUGGGCAUCUUCGUUCGUUGCUUCACGCUAUGGGCUCGCUGGAUUUCAGCCAACCUGAUCAUCACAAUGAUCACAUGAUACAUCCCCCUCCAAUCUCCAAUGAAUACUGGAUGGCUGAGGCAGUGCCCCCAUGUCCGCCGGAUGCAACACCGCUUCGCAGAUCGACUCGUGUGUGA